AUGCCAAGAAAGGCGAGAACGUUUGAUGGCUGCUGGACGCUAGGAUGGGGCAAUCCAAUUUCUGUGUCCGAGAAGGAUAACAGUAUGAUCAGUUUGGAUUCGGGAGAUGACUUGAACAAUUUUCAAAGAAGGAGCAUCGAGUUGAUGAAAUUCCCGAAAAAUAUGCAUUAUGAAACGUACCAGCGGCUAAACGAGGUUGUAGAAGAAGUUGAUCAUUCGGUAUUUGAAACGGGGAGAGCUCAUGUGGGUCCUUUCCGCUGCUUUCAUUUCAAAAGGGACGUUGAACGUAGUCGAGAAAGAGGAGAAAAAGGAAAUAAAAUGCAAGAGAAAGACGAAGACGAAGACGAAGAGGAAGACGAAGAGGAAGAGGGAAAAGAGGAAAAGAAUGCAAAGGGUAAUGAGAAGGAGAAAGGGUUUGCUUCUACAUUUUCGCGGAGAUUCAACCUGGUAACUCCUAUUCAAUGCCACAUGACGCCACUUGAAAAGAAAACUGGUGCUAUUGCUCGAAAUGUUCAUGUACAUUUUGAUUUUCUCAAGUAUGCCGCAUUAACCAUCUUUGCAAUUAAGGGUCCUGAUUUUGAAAUCAAUGAGCAGAAUAUGAUGCACAUUCUAUACCCCAAUUUUUUCCCCAACAUCGAUUCAGAUGACAAUUGGUUAGCUAGUGCACGUUUGGUUAUAGGUAAGUUAUUCACAAGAGAAAACGUCAACGAUGACAACAAAAACAACAAAAACAACAAUAACAACAACUGUUCGUUGAUAUUGCGCCCGUUAUUUAACAAGCUUUUGAAUGCAUUUAGUCUGGACUUGAUUUUGAUCGAUAGAAUGGGUUUUCACAAUGAUUAUAUUGACUUGCUUUUGAUUCCGUACAUUAAGCAAAUUGUUGGUCAGUUUAUAUGUUGGGACUUUGCAGCUUGGAAUGUAGACGCAUUGCAAGAAGCUGAAGAGUUGAGUGUUGUAGAGCUUAUGCACAGUAUCAAUUUAUGUAUUGUAUUCCUCACAUUGGGACUAAGCGCUUUUAAGCUUUCCAAAAGAACAAUACUGAAUGGAGAUGACGGUAGUGGGUACACUAUUGACGAAUAUCUAAGGAUUAGUAUCAAACUUCGCAAAUUGAGUAUUAAAUUGCUCAAUUACCAUCUUGAUGAGUUUGAUAGCAUUUCCGAAUUACAGAAACAUAGCAAAGAAAUGGGAAGCUAUGACACAUCUUUGUUACUCACACUUGUACUACAAAUAGAAUUGGACAGUGUGUUUAGUGUUUUUGAAAACUUUGAUCUUAUUUAUGCCAUUGGUGAUCUUGUCAUCAAGACCAAGUUUGAGAGGACUCGGCGAAUGGAAACAGUCAACAAGCUAUUAAUCAAUAUUUUCAAGAUAAAAUAUUUCAUGUAUGAAGGAACUCAAUCGGUAAAUAUAUAUAAUUUCCAAAUUGACAAAAACGAUGUGCAGUACCAUUACAAGGAUUUAGACGAUGAUUACGACUUGAUAAAUCUUGAAAGCGAAGAUGAUGAGGAAGAAGAUGAAGAUGAAGAAGAAGAAGAAGAAGGUGAUGAUAACGGAGAAGAAGAAGAAGAAGAAGAAGAAGACGAAGAUGGUGUUGAGGAGGAGGAAGAAGAAGAAGGAUUUAGUUCACAUUCGAAAGGGUUGCAUGUACGACCCACGAUUCAAGAUAUGGUCGCGAAUACUAACGAAGUGGAUUCGUUGACAUAUAUACCCACUGCAUAUACUAUAAACUUUGAUACCAACAAGGAUUAUGUUGCAGCAUAUGAGGUAACAGCUGAUGGUGCUAGUGGCCAUUCACCAAAGAUCAAAUUCAGGCCUUAUUUGCAAACCAAAUUCACGCUGCUAUUUGAUGCCGAUCUUAUCUAUUUAAUGUACGGGCUUCCACGAGACUUGUUGCAUAUUUUCCAUGAAAGUAUUCACAUUGCCAAUCACAAGAACAUUUUUGACCACCGCAAGGUUUUCCCACGAAAUUUCCCGCGAAUCACAGCAGAAGUGGAAGAUAAACUAGUUAGUUGGCACCAUACGAAACUGAAUUGGAAUUUGGAUGCAACGAAUGUGUUUCACGAAUUUUUGAUCAAUCAUAUCAACUCGUUUCAUCAAGCGGCGAUUAUUUGUCACCACAAAUUAAUGGAAAAGGAUUUUAGAGCUGAAAAAUACAGUUACUUGGUCGACAAUUGUUUAGAUUUUUUGUCACGAGCGAGUGAGCUAGCAACGACUAUUUUAAAAAUCGAGUUUAGGCCCAUGUUUUGGAUUCUACUCAUGUGCGGAUCAAUUGCAACAAUUUCGCUGCAGCAGGAACGAAUCAAGCUGAUUUGGAGCACAAAGUGUUUCAGCAACCAGCCAAAUUAUUGGCGAGCCAAACAAAUUCUUUACGAAAUAUGGCAUAGAAGAGCAGAAGGUGAAGAAGAAAGCAAACUUGGGUUUAUGAAUAUAAUUAGAGAAUGGAACAUUUUCCUAAGCUUGGGCCUGUUACAACACUAUCGAGCAGAGCGAGAUAGUGGAGCGAUACUCAGUAGUGAAGCCAUACUCAGUAGCCUGUUACAACACUAUCGAGCAGAGCGAGAUAGUGGAGCGAUACUCAGUAGUGAAGCCAUACUCAGUAGCCUGUUCCAACACUAUCGAGCAGAGCGAGAUAGUAUCGCUUUGCUCAAUAGUGAAGCCAUACUCAGCAGCUUGUUACAACACUAUCUCGCUCAGCCAGUGCUACUCCACUAUCUCGCUCUGCUCGAUAGUGUUGCUCGAUAG